UAAACCCCUCCCUCAACAAAAAGAAAACAGCCUGGUUUUUAUGUUUAUUUAUUUGGAAAUGAUAAUUGUAUACAUUGUAUGACAACUUGAAAAGUAUGCACAUUGCACACUAUGGGCUGUCUUAUUCCUAAAAUAAUAUAACCAUUUCUUUUAUAAUUUAUCUCGUUGACCAUUCCCGUCUUUACGGAUCCCCACACGACUCGCCCCCAGACAAUCUGGGUAUUUCAUGUGGAGCAACGUGCAAAAACGUUUCCUUGUUAUAUCACAUUUUCCCAUUCAUGAUUCAUUCUCUUUGCUGUCAUAGCUUUUGAAGUUUAUCUGCUGUUAUAAUCCCUUUAAGACCUCUCCUACUCUGCAUCCGAUGUAAUGGCUCAAUUACAAAAUUACCGCAUUAGACCUUGUACGUCUGUGCUUUUGAUAUAGAGCGUACGUUAAGUUGGGAUGCGUGUUUACCACAGAAGCUGUGUAGAUGUGUGGAGAUAGGUAACGUUGGUGCCCUUGUGUACAGUAUACGCGUUGUGUAGUGAAGGCAGAUUGUUGGGACGAGUAACUGAGCUCUGUUCUCGUGUUUUGUGGUAUCAAUACGACAUUUAACUGAAGAGUACGUCACGUAAUAUAAACCAUCAAUUUUGUACUACACUUUGACCAAGUGACGAAUUUAGGUUUAAAAGUAAGCAACGCAUUUUACAGUGUAAUUGUGACACUGUGAAAAUAACGUAGGGGGCGUACGUUAUCUUCGCAGCUUAGCAUUGUGCCUCGCAAGUAACAUAAGCCCUAUGGACAAUAGAACAACAUAGAUAACGGAUAUGACGCGAGACAUUGUUUUAAAAAUAAUUGGUGUUUUAGAGAAGCCAGUGUGCACAAGAACUGAAAAGUCACAUGUCAUAAUGGAAGAUGUUGCUAGCAGCCACACUUUCAUGGAAGGCAAUACUGUGCCAUGUAAAACUACUGGAAAGAAUAAAAUACCCUUGGUACCUGCACGAGUUCAGCUUGGAAUAAUGGCCUUCUUCAUGUUUUUCAUCACUCAAAUGAUUCGCUCUAAUCUGUAUAUUGCUCGUGUUGGCAUGACAGAUUUAGGAAAUGUAACAAAUGAGUCUCAUUCAAAUAAGUUAAACUGGGAUGAACAAGAAACUGCGAUGGUCCUCAGUGCGUUCUACUGGAGUUACUGGAUAACAGAACUUCCAGGUGGUUUGCUGGCUCAGAGGUUUGGUGGCUGUCAUGUAUUGGGUUUUGGUGUUUUAUUGGCAGGGGGUUUUUUUUUCCCAUUAGCUUGCAGAGUACAUUAUGGAGCGGCUGCAGUUCUCAGAGCCAUCCAAGGACUUGCUCUGGGUGUGACUUGGCCAGCAACCCAUGUCCUCUCAGCUCAUUGGAUUCCAUCCACUGAGCGCAGCAAGUUUAUGACUACUUACCAUGGGUCUGCUGUUGGUACAGCAUUAACAUAUCCUUUGAGUGGGCUUCUCAUGGCUGUAUUGGAUUGGCAGUAUGUUUUCUAUGUGACUGGAGCUCUCACGCUGACGUGGUAUGCUUUCUGGUGGUAUCUUGUGUAUGACUCUCCCGCACAGCACCCACGGAUAUCGGACGCUGAACGGAAGUACCUGGAACGUGUUAUUGGAGACUCUGUUGCUUCCCACAAGGACCCUCCAUUACAAACCCCUUGGUCAUCGAUUCUCUUGUCAGUACCAUUUUGGGCUGUACUGUUUGCCUCACAGGGUCUCAUGUGGGGAACCAUCACAUUAACCAUGCAACUGCCUGCCUAUUUCAGAAGUGUUUACAUGCUGGAUAUCAAAACGAAUGGCUUUGUUUCUGGUAUACCUGAACUCUGCAAGUUUGCCUUCAGUCUUGCUUUCUCUACUGUAAUGGACUACAUGUUGCGCAAUAAAUAUUUGUCAAUAACUGUAGUUCGCAAAAUCUCUGUAGCCACAAGUGAAUUUAUCCCUGCUGUACUGCUUGUAGUACUCGGAUUCCUCAGCAAAAGUAGUGCAACAGUUGCUGUAGUACUGCUAGCUUUGGCUUCUGCAGUGGGAGGAGCCAGCUCUUCAGGCAGUUUGCCCAAUAUUGUUGAUCUCAGUCCCAACUUUGCAGGGACACUUAUUGGCAUCAUUAAAACAAUGGCAUUGAUUCCUGGAGUGUUAUCUCCAAACACUGUCAGCCUCCUGAACAACAGCCUUGUAAGUACAAUGACAUAACCAUGAUAUAGCCAUAGGUGUGUGACAGUAUAGAACAGAACACUCGGAUUACACCAAGGCAGCGGACUGCUGCCACCUGCCAGGUUGAAAUCGUAACUCCAGUCUAAAUCAUUUGUAUACACCCCUCGUAUACACAGUAGAAGGUGUAAUAAUUAAGUUCCUGGAAUGCAACAUAGAAGCUGCAUUUAAUUACUUACACACUAAUGGUUGCUUUCACAUUUGAAGUAGUCUCCUUGUGCACCAAAACACUUAGUUAGUCAGUGUUUCCUCUGCUCAAAAUAUUUCUGGAACUCCUCUUCUGGAAUGCUCAUUGGGAUGGUUGUCUCAUGUCCCUGAAUGUCAUCAAUGUCUGAUAAUCUGUGGCCCUUCAAAGCUGUCUUCAGUUUUGGAAAUAGCCGAGUCAUACAGGGCUAGAUCUGCCAUUUUAUGGUAGAUGGUCAAAUUUCAAUAUUGAUUUUUUUGCCAAAAACUCCUGGACAGCAAGCAAAUCAUGAGCACAGGUAAAGUUGUGGUCUUCUCCAACAAACAGACUCAUGUAACCUUGCCAACAUUUCCAAAUAACAAUAUUUAUGCACUUUUUGGCAUUCUUUAAGAAACUAAAAGUUAACAAUGCCCUUGUGAUCAGAAAAUAAAUGAGCAUUAUCUUCACUUGGGCUUGUGAUAUGAGCGCCCCCUUUAAACCUUUUAUGCCACUCAAAGACAUUAAACUUUUUGAUAGCGUCUGUACCGUAAGACUCUGUUAACAUCUACAGAGUUUCACUACUGAUUUUUCCUAACUUUGCGCAAAACUUGAUGUCAGUGCACUGCUCCAACAAUCUGUCUCUCAUUUUUCUAUCGGGAUGAAAAUGCUCAUGUAACGCUGCUAUUGCUUCAUUACUACUGCCUUGUUUGCUUCACCACACACGUCGUAACAUGUCACUGCCAAGCUAUUGCUCACUUGGUACUCGACGUGACAUAUGUGAGCGGGCAUUCUGGUAAUUUAAUUGUCGCACUUCGUAUUGUGUGCACGUGUGCAUGGUAGAUAUAGCCAGUAGUUUAAGGCUGGAUAAGGGGUUGAUGUUACUAGUAUUAUGGGGAUAGAGAAAGUGACAAAAGAACCAGUAUUUUGGGUAUAAACAGCCAGUUUUAUGGGAAAUGCCAAAACAGUCUUUUUGCCACUAUUAUGGGCAUGGUAAUGGUCAUUAUAAAGGCCAUGACUAGAUAGUUCUGUAUAGCCAGUUCUAUGGUUAUGGCCAGAUAUGUCAAAAAGCAAAAAUAUGCAGCAGGACAGAGGUGUCAAUGGAGCCACUAUAAUAAACAUGGACAGAUAUUUCUAUAUUUACAAUAUUAUAACAAUGAGUAGAUGUCUCUACAGAGUGGUCCUUAAAUGUCUGGCCAAACUUCGAGAGCAUGUUCUAAUAACUCUGAGGAUGAAAGAAGGUAGUACUGACAUAGGUCCAGAAAUUCUUCUCAUCUGAGUUACAGUCCUGCACAUAUAGCCUGUGGUCAUUCCCAUAACACACUCUAUGUAGACCUAUCUCACCACUCCCAUACAAUGGGCUAACAAUACCCAUGAUAAUUCCCAUAAUAAUGGCUAUCUAGACCACUCUGAACAUGCCCACUGUAAUGGGUAUAGAUGAUCUUAGCCGUGAUCACAAUACUGGCUGUUGACUCCUCUCUUCAUGACCAUUAUACUGACCAUAUAGAAAUCUGGCCAUUCCCAUAAUAAUGGCUCUAUAGAAACUGGGAAACAUGCACUUAAUAAUAGCUAUA